AUUGGAGGGCUACUGAUUGUACAGCAUGCAAGUUAACUCAGGGGAGUUGCGGAUUCGAUAUUGAACAUGACCAGUUUCUCUGUUUCUGUCCAGACAGGCCUCAUUAUAUCAAUUGCACUGCAACUCAAGCUGCAACAAGAAGUUGGCAACAUACCAUACCUGGUGGAGAUGGAUGUGGGAAAUUUUCAAAAUCCUCAAAACAGAUAGCUCUAUUUAUCUCCCAGUAGUUUGGUCCAAAAGUAGAAGAGCUUCAUGCUAUGUCGCAAAACGCAUUGAAACUAGCACGGCCAGAUAAAAUAUUUUUCACUACCAUUUUGAUCUCUCCUGAACUUAUUAUACUCGUUUCUCAGCAAUGCGUGAGAUGUGGGAGUUUCUAAAUUUCGUCUUCAGUUGUUCCGUAGUAGUUUCGUAGUUCUUUCGCGAUCCAAUAACUAUCUCUCAAGGAUUUGGCAUUGAUUAAGGGGAGAAAGUUUAGGAAAACACUGCACUGGUAACUGUCGAAAUCUUCGGGAUUAGUAUCUCACGUAUACGAUUAUUACUAUGAUAUACUUUGAUGAUAAAAAGUAUAAACCACAUGUACUGCAAAUCAACGGUUCAAUUUGGAUCUAAUCUAAGGGUUGUGGACAACGUCUCCAAAAACUCCAAAAGAAUAAGUGUCCGAGAAGCCCGACUCCUAAUAUUUUAAUAUUUUAACUAAGAUAUUUUGAACUUACUCUAAUGUAGUACUCAGCGAAAAUUCCCAACACUUCUUUGUGUUGAAUAUUCUUAUUCAACUCCAUUACAAAGUCUUCCACCCUUAUCUUUUUUUCCAUGGACUUUGUGUUGAAAAUUCCCCGCAUGAAAUUGAACGUCAUUAUUCUUUAGUUUUGAAAUCCAUAUAUAGUUUAUUCCGUUAAUUUUUGCAACAACAUACAAAUCUUCUCUUUCAUUUCAAAGUAAUUUCUGCCAUUUCUUGGGUUUUUAUUUUCGAAACUCUUGCAUGAUGUAUGCUCAGCUCCUUAAACCUCAAAAGUAUUAUUCAAACCCCAUCAGUUUUAUCAUCUCAUUUCAUGUUUUACUCAUCAACUUCCCAACCUGUCUUGCUCAAUUUACAAAUUUUAAUUAAUACUCGGACUGUAGUAGCACUACUGCUAUUAGAUGCGGCGAUAGGACAUUCAACAAUCCUGAAUACCCUUUCUGGGGAAAAAGUUUACGACCUGCUUAUUGUGGUCUUGAUGGAUUUGAACUUCAUUGUGAAAACAAUGAUCUUGUUGUAGACAUUGGUUCACGUAGCAAGUUUCAUGUAGUUGAUAUCAAUUCUGCAAGAGGUGUGUUAACGUUAAAUCGUUCUGAUGAUCCGUUGGGGAGUAUUUGUGCAUCUGGUGAGCCUAGGAGUACCGUAUUGAAUGCAACACUAUAUGAUUACACAGAUUAUAGUGAAGAUCUCAACUUAUCCUACAAUUGUGCCGAUGAGAUUGACUCACUCUGGCUCGACUAUACAUUCACUUGCAAGGGUGACAGUAAGACGCGAGUUUAUUUCUUUCGAGGGAAUUCAUUUGAAUUAGUUGAAGACUACAAGCUUGUGUCGUGCACUAACACAACAAUUCAAGUUGAUAAGAGGGUGUUUGACGACUUGAAAAAUAAUGUAAUAGAGCCGGAAACACUUUAUAAUAGGAGCUUUGAAGUUCACUACAACAGAAUUAACGAAAGAGCAUGCGUAGACUGUAAGCAAACGGAAGGAUUGUGUUGGAGAGGCACAAAUAGUACAGAUAACACAUGCCUAUAUAGCAAUGGAACGGCUCUCCCUCCAUAUGCAUAUCGACGACCAGGACUAUCAAGUGACGAGAGGGAAGAGGACUAUCAAGUUAACGGAAGAAAUCACACAAAAGUUGUAUGUAUGGUUUCCUGCUUGUAGCCGUGACAAACAACGAAUUGCGGAGACUUUUAAGUUGUUAGAAGUCUCCCAUGAAUCAGCUAUAUGGUUUCCAUUAAAUUUUACCUUAUAUAUUAAUCUUUGAUAUCGAUACAUCGAUACUGAAAAUAUAUAUAUACCAUAAUGAACGUAAAAAUCACUGAAGAAUGCUUCGUACUCUUGAGUCUUGACUCGGGCGCGUUAAUAUAAUGCACGAAAUUUCUUGUAGAUGAAUUGAUAGUGAAAGUGUAAACAAGGUCCUCCCCUCAUAUUUUCCACACCUUAUGGAUGAAAAUUCUUAACACUUGCGUUGAACAUUUGUAUUUUAGUCUAUCACAAAGUAUUCAUCCCCCUUUUUAUUUUCACAGACUUUUAUUAGCUUGUGAAAAUGUUUGCAUCUCUAUGCUAUAGUGCUAUUCACUCUUGCUUCUCUGUACAACAGACUUGUCUUCAUAAACUCAGUAUAAUGCAUGCUAUACUCUUUAGACCUCACCAAUCUUUUUCAAAACCCAUCAGUAUAAUCAUCUGGAUCCUUUCAUUAUCAGUCUUCAUAGACAUCAUGCUAAAGUUGAUCCUGACAUGUACAGCAACUGUAGUAAGCCAACUACUUCUCCAUGUGGCACACAAUUAGAAUGGAGAGUUGAUUACCCUUUCUGGGUUGAUGAUGAGAUUCGACCUUCGUAUUGUGGUCUUGAAGGAUAUAAGCUCAGCUGCGAAGACGACGGCCUAGUUGUAGAUUUAGCUUCCAAUAUCAAGUAUAAUGUACAGGCCAUCGACCUGUUUAAACAUACGAUAGAUUUAAAAAUUUUGGAUAAUCCUCUCAAGUCUAUCUGUGAUGCAAGUUCCAGCUCAAAUCAAGAUACAGAACAUAAUCAUCCGCUGCUCUCCUCCCGCGAAAACUCCGAAAUUAUCUACUUGUUGUACAAUUGUAGUGAUCCUGCUCAAACAACCUCGAUGAAGGCAAAUUUCAGUUGCUCGAAUCAAGACCCAAUUUAUUUUUUCCGAAAUGAUUUAUUUGCGGAAGCUCAAGAAAAACUUAGCUCGUGUCAUUACACAAGGCUUCCGGUUAAUAUGAGGUUGCUUGAAGAUUUCACAUGGGACCCGAACCCAGCACAGCGAACAGCAGAAAAGCUUUUCGAGGGAAGCUUUGAGGUUCACUAUAAUAAUGAAGAAAACCAACAAGUUUGCAAAGACUGUAAUCAACAUGAUGGAGUGUGUUGGAAAGACACAUAUGUAGGUAGCAAUGACUUAUGCCUCUAUCCACGACAAUCAGGUCUGCCAUAUCAACAACAAUCAGGAAGCAAAAAGAGUAAGGGACUUAUGAUUGGCGCAGCUGUUGGUGUAUUAGGAGGUACCAUACUUCUGCUAUCGGUUCUCGUCAUCUUCUGCUGCCGGAAGAAAACCAAACAGGGUUCAUUUUUGUUCUCUAAAAAUGUGUCUUCUUUUCCGAAAGAUGUUGAUGCCUUCAUAAAGCAAUAUGGAUCCUCCAUUCCCAGAAGAUUUAGAUACUCUACAUUAAAAAAAGUAACAAAUUCGUUCAAGGAUGAAUUAGGUAAAGGGGGCUAUGGAACUGUAUAUCGAGGCCGCUUAUCAGAUGGACGUGACGUGGCAGUGAAGGUCUUGAAUGCAACAAAAGGAAAUGGAGAAGAAUUCAUUAAUGAAGUUGCAAGCAUUGGUAGGACUUCUCAUGUUAAUGUCGUCACUCUCCUUGGCUUUUGUUAUGAAGGUAAACGACGAGCUCUUAUAUAUGAGUUCAUGCCUAAUGGAUCUCUGGAAAAGUUUAUUUAUGGUACAAAUCCUUUGUUGGAAGGACAACAUCUUGGAUGGGAGAAAUUGUUGAGGAUUGCAAUAGGUAUUGCCCGGGGACUGGAGUACCUACACCGAGGCUGCAACACUCGUAUCCUGCAUUUUGAUAUAAAGCCACAUAACAUUCUUCUUGACAAAGAUUUUUGCCCGAAGAUAUCUGAUUUUGGGCUUGCAAAAUUAUACACCACAAACGAAAGUGCAGUCUCAUCUUUACUGCAACCUAGAGGAACCAUUGGUUAUAUUGCUCCCGAAGUUACUAGUAGAAAUUUCGGACAAGUGUCCCAUAAAUCUGAUGUGUACAGCUAUGGAAUGAUGAUUCUUGAAAUGGUUGGAGGGAGAAAGAAUGUUAAUGCCGGUGCAGAUCACACUAGUGAGAUAUAUUAUCCACGUUGGCUGUACAAGCGACUCCAAUUUGAUGAUGUGCUAAAUAUGGCAAAUGAAAUUUCUGCAGAAGAAAAUGAACUUGUUAGGAAAAUGGUGAUGGUCGGACUCUGGUGCAUACAAAUCUAUCCAUCACAAAUGCCAUCGAUAAGCAAGGUGAUUGAAAUGUUGGAAGGGCAGACAGCAGCUUUGGAGAUCCCACCAUGUCCAUACUUGUGUUCAGUUCCGGGUUCUCCAUCAAAUUCUCCAGAAAAACCGGUGUUCUGCUCUUCUUCAGGAACAGAACCAACUUGAUCUGCAUGAUGGUUAAGGCAAGAACCCUUCCUCAAUAUGAAAUACAUACUAUAGAGCAUAGCAUGCUCUUAUAUAAUUUUAGGGUAAACUUUGAAGGUACAAAAUGUAUAAAGUAUUUGUACUGUUAAUAUUUGUUAACCCAUUUCACAGUCACUAUCUAAAACUGGUUUAUAUUAUUCAGGGAUAAUUCUUAAACAACCGAGACUAGAAUCUUGUUCU